CAUAACGUAUAUGAAUUGGCGCCAUUUCAGUCAUCAUCUGAAUCUGAAAGAGUGCGAGUGUUUCAAUGAAAAACGCUGAAAUAAAUUACAAUGAUGGACUUUUUGAACUCUUUUAAGUCCUUAGUGAAGGUAGAACAAAUACGUACUGACAACAAUGUGUUCAGGUUGCAUUACAAGUUAACUGUGAUUAUGUUAAUUGUGUUUUCGAUCUUGUUAACAAGUAAGCAGUAUUUCGGGGACCCCAUUGAGUGUCAUGUGGCGGAAAAGAAGCACGUUAUUGAGAUGUACUGCUGGAUUUAUGGAACAUACAUCAAUAGAGACACACUAAAAGGUAAGACUGGUCACAUUCCUGGCCUGGGUAACGAACGUAGAAAAGUCGCCCCCUGGAUGAAAGACGACGACGAGCGCAUCAUCUGGCAGAAGUACUACCAAUGGGUUUGCAUUGUUUUCUGCUUCCAAGCUCUCCUGUUUUACUUGCCACGGUAUCUCUGGAAGACAUGGGAAGGGGGCCGCAUUCGUUUGUUAGUCAGCGAUUUGAACACUCCUCUAGUGACGGCCGCCUGGAAUCCAACAACCAAAUCCCAAAUGAUUCAGUACCUAAUAAAUGGUAAAUACUUCCAUAAGUUGUAUGCCAUUCGGUACGUUAUGUGCGAAAUUUUGAAUCUAGUCAACGUGGUGUCCCAAAUUUUUCUCAUGGACUGGUUCCUGGGAGGGCAGUUCUCGUUCUAUGGGUUUAGUUUGAUGAUGGAAGGUGAUGUAAACCCCAUGAACCAGGUGUUUCCAAAACUGACUAAAUGCCAGUAUUAUUACUAUGGUCCCUCAGGGUCAGUGCAAAAUAUUGACGCUCUUUGUGUUCUACCCUUAAAUAUUUUAAAUGAAAAGUUGUUCAUAGUGCUGUGGUUUUGGCUGUUUUUUCUUUCUGCUGUUACAGUUUUGUCUUUGAUUUAUCGUAUGUUCAUUAUUUUUCUGCCAAAGUUGCGAAUUUACUUAUUAAUGGCACAAGCUAGAUUUAUUGGAAGUAAGCAAGCAACGUUCAUAAUUGACAAGUUCACUUAUGGAGAUUUUUUUGUUCUAUACCACGUUGGUAAAAACGUGAAUCCUAUCAUUUUCCGGGAAUUAGUGUUAGGCAUUUAUGAGACUUUAAAGUCAAAACAACCUUACGUUGCCUAUCCAAGCGUGGAAAUUAACACAAUUUAA